AUGGAGGUACAACAAAAACAAAAUGAGAUCUUCAUAUGUCAACAGAAAUAUGCCAAGGAAAUUCUCAAGAAGUUCAACAUGAUGGAAUGCAAGCCAACUACAACUCUAAUGAAUCAAAAGGAGAAGUUUUGUAAAGAAGAUGAAGCUGAAAAGGUUUAUGAAGGACUUUAUAAGAGCCUCAUAGGUUGCUUAAUGUACUUGACUGCAACUCGACUAGAUAUUACGAAUGUUUUCAGUCAAGUAAAAAAUUUCUGUCUCUAUGGUUAUUCUGAUAGUGAUUGGGCUAGUUGUGUUAAUGACAUGAGAAGUACUUCAGGUUAUUGUUUUAGCUUUGGCUCUGGUAUUUUCUCAUGGUGUUCUAAAAAGCAAGAAGUCAUAGCUCAAUCCACAGCAGAAGCAAAAUAUGUAGCUACUGUUGUGAAUCAAGCUCUCUAG